AUGGCGCAAGGAAAGCACGGUGUAGUGAGGAGCAUAAAGUGGAACCAUCCGAGCCACCCUCACCCGUUGACCCACUCGGAAGUACUCGUUAUCUACAGGGCCUACGACGGCAAGUGGAGGUGCGACGUCUGCGCCAGAGUAUUCGACGGAAAGCGCGCCACUACUCCCGGCGGCAGAUAUAAAGAAGAAGACCCUGACAGCAGAACCUGCUACCAUUGCCCGAAAUGCAAAUUUGACGUUUGUACUUCGUGUUUCAAGGGCCGUCUGCACACAUUUCAUCGCCACCGACUGAAGAAGGCCCGCACGACUCUUAUCUACCGCGAAUACGACGGGAUGUGGCACUGCGACGCGUGCAAAGCUGUCCACAGCGAGCACACGGAGCAAAUCUGCUACCACUGUGAAAGGUGUGAGGUGGACUUGUGCAGUACCUGCUUUGAGGGAAAGUGGGCGCACGUACUGCACUGUGAUAUGGUAGACAAGGAAGAGCACACUCUCAGACCUAUAGACCCAAGCAUUGAAUACAUCACCUAUCAAGAAUGGAUAUGUGAUAAUUGCAAAAGGACGUUUCCAUGUGAAAGAGAGAAAGAGAAGGCUUUUCACUGUGACAAGUGUAAUUUUGAUCUAUGCAGUACUUGUUUUAAAGGAGAAAAGCAUCCACUUCACCCACAUCCAUUGGUGGAGAUAGGAUCAAAACCAGGGAGACCAAUUCUAGAAUGUUCUAAUUGCGAGAAGCUAAUUAGAGGGGCGACUCACUACCGAUGCAGGAAAAGCUCUUGCCAGUACAGUCUAUGUCUGAGUUGCUUCUCGAAGCAACCUGAAAUUCAUCCCUACCAUGAUCACCCACUGAAUGUUUGUGAUGCCCUAGUUGUAUAUCCACAGAGUGGUGGGAUGUGGCACUGUGAUAGAUGCACGGCCAACAGUGAAAACCAUCAGCCAGUGGCUCUGUCACACACAGAGACCAUGUACCACUGUGACGAGUGUGAAUACGACUUGUGCUACAGUUGCUACUCUGAGGGCAAGUCAAGAAGAUUCAGACCUGUACAAGUCACCGAGGAAGUCAGUUUCACACCCUCUGCUCCACAGACCUCUGAUUUCACCUAUGACUCCAGUGGUUACGGUACAUACCAACCAUACCAACAGGCAACUUAUUACACUCCUCAAGAUUACCAGACACGACUGAGUAGGCCACUAGUUACUGGGUUCCAGAGUUUCUUGCCCCAAACCCCACCCUCGCAUAGAACAUGUGUCGUUUGCAAUAGACGAGAAGCUAUAUUCACUUUCCUCCACAAUGGGAUACCACACUCUGGAAAAGCUCUGUGCUGCCACGGCUGUGCUUUUGAUGUUGUUACUAACAGAAGACCGUGUCCAGCUUGCAGAAUCCCACCGGAUGAAGUUUUUAGAGUACCCUGA